UUGGUGGCGCCUGGGAGGUGCCGCUAGUCUUUCGGAGGCCGGGCUGUGGUUGGUAUAAUAUAGGGAGGGAAGCGUUGCUUUCGGACGGAGGCGUCUUCUCUCGAGCGAGCUGAGCUGGCAACGCCCGCGCGUUGGCACCGCCGGCAUGAGAAAACGGAACGAGUCCGUCACUUUGGAGCAUGAGCGCUUUGCCUCCUCUGCUCCGGCACCGGCUGCCGUUUCCUCCUCUCCGCAACCGGAUAAGGGCUUCAGCUUGAGACCGAGCCUACGUCUGCCUGGCAGCGCCCGGCCCGCCGGUGACUCCGACAUGAAGCGAACGCUCGGCAGGAGACAUGGAAUGUGGUUUCGAUUGCGGAAGGUAGUAAUCUGGUUGUUGGGAGUGUACAUAGCCAUUCCAUUUCUUGUAAAGCUUUGUCCUGCUAUUCAGGCAAAGCUUGUCUUCCUAAAUUUUGUCAGAGUACCCUAUUUCAUUGACUUGAAAAGGCCUCAGGACCAAGGUUUGAACCACACCUGUAACUAUUACCUACAGCCAGAAGAAGAUGUAACUAUUGGAGUCUGGCACACAGUUCCCACAGCUCUAUGGAAAGAUGCUCAAGGCAAGGAUCAACUGUGGUAUGAGGAUGCUUUGGGUUCCAGUAACCCUGUGAUCCUUUACUUACAUGGAAAUGCAGGGACUAGAGGAGGGGAUCACCGUGUGGAACUUUACAAGGUUUUGAGUUCUCUUGGUUACCAUGUAGUCACGUUUGAUUAUCGAGGUUGGGGAGACUCAAUAGGCACUCCCUCAGAGAGUGGAAUGACCUAUGAUGCUCUUCACGUUUUUGACUGGAUAAAAGCAAGAAGUGGAGACAAUCCAGUUUAUAUAUGGGGACACUCCUUGGGUACUGGAGUUGCAACCAAUCUAGUAAGGCGUCUUUGUGAAAGAGAAACUCCCCCAGAUGCUCUGAUAUUAGAGUCACCUUUUACAAACAUACGUGAAGAAGCUAAAAGCCACCCCUUUUCAGUGAUAUAUAGAUAUUUCCCAGGAUUUGAUUGGUUCUUCCUUGACCCCAUCACAUCAAGUGGAAUUAAAUUUUCAAAUGAUGAGAAUGUGAAGCAUAUUUCUUGCUCUCUACUAAUUCUUCAUGCUGAAGAUGAUCCUGUUGUACCAUUUCAUCUUGGAAAGAAGUUAUAUAACAUUGCUGCCCCAUCUCGGAGCUUCCGUGAUUACAAGGUACAAUUGGUUCCAUUUCACACAGACCUAGGCUACAGGCAUAAAUAUAUCUACAAGAGCCCAGAACUACCUCGAAUAUUACGGGAAUUCCUGGGGAAAUCGGGACAUCAGCAGCAUCAUUGAAGACCACUGUGUGAUUGACUUAAAUUAUCAUCUGCAAAAAGGGUCUGCAAAUUAUUUUAAACCCAAGCACUGAAAAGCCACAGAUUCUUGCUUCAGUCUUAAUGUAUACCCUUGGAGAUAUGAAGAUAUGAAGAGAUACGAAGAAAAAAGAACGUAGCUGGCUUCUGUCUCUCUUUUCCCACCCCUUCUAAAGAACAAGAGAAACAAAUCAGAACUCUGAAGUUUAAGCACAAGAAGGACUUGGCAAAAAUCUUUCAGAAGUUAUGAACAUUCCUAUAAAAGUGUAUUGGGUCACAACAGCUCUUUACAAGACAACCCCCCCCUCAGCAACCUGCACUCUGAAACACAAAUGGACUGCAGUUAUCUGCAAAAAAUGUAACUGCUAUAAUAUUUCAGUGCUGCAUCUAGUUUACCUUAGUUGCAGGUUGUUCUUUUAAUAGAAUUUAGUUCAGUGAGGGUUUUUUUCCUCCCCCUCAUCAAGAUAUCAAACUGGGGAGUUGCUGAAGAUGAUGGAUAGUUUGGUUUUUAAAAUUAUUUGAGAAGCUUCAGAGGUGAGGAUGCUUGCAAGAAAACAUUUCAGAAUGCACUGAAGCGUGUUUCUCCUUUAAAAAGAGGCAAAUAUUUCAUAGUGAUUUGUUUCCCUUUCUCUAUUGCCUUGCUUUCAAGUUGUCUCCCACAUAUAGAUAAUAUAUAAAAAUCGUUUAUACCUCAUAUACAGAUACAUCCUCUUUGAGAUUCCUUCUUCCUGUCUCCAAACCAUAUUUUUUAGAUGCCCAGGUCUUUUAAGUGAUGUAAGAUGUAUUGAUUACAAAUUACACACUCAAAGGUUGUUUGAAAGACUCCUUCUGUAAAGAGAGGGUGUAUUUAGUCUAGAAUGGAUAAAGAAUUUGUUUUUCAGCUGUGGUGAAGAUGUCUUCCAGUCUCCUCUAGAGACAUACAAGCACUUUGGGGAUGAGAAAAUUGGUAUCGUCUUUAGUAAUCAUGUUUCUUCAUUCCUCCCUCCCAAGCCCCAUCCAUUCUCUCACCCGCCAAAAAAACUACUCAGGUACAUCAAAGCUGGUCACAGGUUUUCUUUAAAAUACAAGAUAAAUUGCACUAAAAUGAAUUCCUUAACUUGGAAGAUCUUUUCUGGUAAAUUAUGUUUGUUUUCAUUAGUAAUAAAAUAGCUGCUCGGACUUUUCUCAACAGUGAAAAUACUAACAUUUGAAUCUGAAACACCUAAUUUUAUUCAAACCAACCAAAGGCAUUUGAAAGUAAAAACGCUUUCUGAUAACAAAACCUUAUUGUUCAUUAAAACAAUGCCGUUCUGCUUAAAAUAUUUAGCUUGACAUUUAUAUUUAUUAAAAGCAAGAGGUGUAUGAAAACCUCCUGACCAGCCUUGAAUGUUCCCCUCAGUUGGCACAUGCCAGGCAUAAAGACCUUGUUUUUCUAUUUAUUUUUUUUACUGUAGCAAAUCAAUUCUGGCCUGAAUUGAAAUCUUAGCAGGCAGCAUGAUAGUAAUUAAUGAUAAUAAAUACUGAAUCUGAAAUUCAUAUUCCUCUCCUUUAUUGGCCUUGGCCAAAUCAUUAUCUUAACAUACCUCAUGAUGGUUCAGUCUCAUUGUGGCAGCUGGAGCCUGUUUUUGACACUUAUAAAAUUGACACAGUUGGCCAAUAUGUUGAAUUUACUGGGAUAUAAAAUACGUUGGCCCAUCUGUGAUGGGAAGUUCAAAGACCACAUUCGAAGGAGAUGCUUCAUAGGAUCAUAGAAUAGUAGAGUUGGAAGGGGCCUAUAAGGCCAUCAAGUCCAACCCCCUGCUCAAUGCAUGCUCAAUGCCCCCUGCUUUAUGGUGCACAAGUAGAUGUUAAGAGCCCCAGUGGCUUCCAGUUCAGUGUGGCUCUUGACUGAAAGCUGCCGUUCCUUCCCCAUCUCACCCAUGUCACUACUUCUGUCAAAGUAGGAGUUUAGCAAGCUCUUCAUUUGCCAGCUUCAGGAUUCUCAGUCACCAUUCAUGCAGGAGUGGCAUGGCAGACAAUUUGAGACUCCUUUUUGUUGAAACAAAUGGGAGCGUUCUAUGUAAUGCUGUUGCUGCUGCUAUUGCCCACCUUAGUGUGAGUAGAAAUAAGAAGACCAUGGGCAGUGAAGUUGUUGGGCCCAAGCAGAUUGAUUUACAGUAGCCUCAUGUUUUGUGUCAGUACAGCAUUCCAUAAACAUACAGCAUUCAGCAUAGUAGUCUUAGACACUAGUAUUCAGAAGUGAAUUAUUCAGCCUGAAGUAUAUAGAAGGCACUGUUCACUAAUAUUGUCUGUAUACGGAAUACUGUGGUUUUGCAUGCAUCAAAGACUAAUAUUUUAGAGAUUCAUCCUAUUUCCAAAGCAGACAGCAGCUUGUUCUUUGCAGUGAGACUUUCUCCUGUCUACCAAGGUUUUGAUUCACAAUAACCUCUGAGCGAAUCAUGCCACGUAAAAUUCCAUCUGUUCCCUUCUCCAUCCCAUGUGCUUUGGUUUUACUACACUAACAAGAACAACCACUAUUUUGCCUUUUUUGUUGAAACAAACGGUUCUAUGUAACGUUGCUGCUAUCGCCCACCUUAGUGUUGGUAAAAGUACAAACCAAUGUGGAAAUGUCAUCUCCUCUCAUGCAACAAAAAUUAGGUUCCAGAGCAUGUAUCAGUGCUGUUUAUUCCAAGGCAUAUGUUCCAAUUUUUAGGCCAGUAACAUGCAUUGAAAUGGAAAUGCUUAUCUAAAAAGUGUGUAGUUUUAAUAAAACAAAUUACUUAAGA